AUGGCAGCUGUCAGUGUGCUGAUGGAGGAGGAGAGUCUGCUGUGUGGGAUCUGCCUGGAACUGUUGAAGGAAGCCGUGACCAUCCCGUGCGGCCACACGUUCUGCCUCGGGUGCAUUCAGAGCUGCUGGUGUGAGGCGGGCGAUGGCGGAGACCGCAGGUGUCCUCACUGCCGUCAGAGCUUCGCCCCGGCCCCCCACCUCCACAAAAACCUGAUCUUAUGUAAGAUCGUGGACGACUUCGCCUCGUCCAGAGCCCGAGUGUCCAUCAGCCUAGCGGCCGACGGGGGCAAAGUCUCCUGCGAUUUCUGCACCGGAACCAAGAUGGGAGCAGCCAAGUCUUGCUCGGUGUGUUUGGUCUCUUACUGCGAGCUCCACCUCAAGCCUCACCGUGAGAACGCAGCCUUCCAGCACCACAGCCUGACCGAGCCCAUCGGCGAUCUCAACCAGAGGAGGUGUCCGGCUCACGGCAAGCUCCUGGACUUGUUCUGCAGGACCGAUCAGAUCUUUAUCUGCUCCUUCUGCACCACCGAGAGACACCGCAAUCACCAGACGGUAACUGUGGAGGAGGAAGUUUCCAAACAGAAGAAACAACUGGCCCACGAGGAGGUGGAGGUGGCGACACAGAUACAGAGGACGUUGGCUGAGAUCAGAAACCUGCAGCAAACCAUCGACUCUAUUACAACCGCCGCGCUCAACGUGGAGUCCGAAAUUACCAACAAGUUCAUGGCCAUGGCGGAGGCCAUUCAGGAGACGCAGAGGGAAGUGAUCGGGCUGGUGGAGGGCGAGGAGCGAGCCUCGCUGAGCCAGGCCGACAGCAUCAGGAACCAACUGGAGGAGAAGUGCACGCAGCUGAGAGCCCGAGAGAAGCAGCUGAAAACCCUGUCGUUGAGCAGCGAUCAGCUGAGGCUGAUACAGGAAUCUCUGGCUGUGAAUGAAGCCACUCAAAGCCUGGAAUUCCCGCAGUUGCGGAGAGAUAUAUUUGUGACGAUCGCUCAUGCCAGUGAGGUGGUAACUGAGCUCUCGGUGCUGGUAACGGGGUACCUGAGAGAGGCCGUCAACCACGGACUGAAAAACAGAGGCACAAAAGGACGUAAAGCAGAGAUUGCUCCUGGGCCGCUCAGCCUCCAUGUUGCCCCAUUUCAUUCGGACCCGGUGACCCGGGAGGACUUUUUACGUUAUGCCGCAAAGCUGACAUUUGACCCAAACACCGCGAACAACUACUUGAGUUUAUCUGCCGGGAACCGGACGGUGAUGGAAUGUUUCCCCGAGUCGGGAGGGUACCUGGAGCACCCUGACCGCUUCGACACUCUGUGGCACGUACUGUGUGCCGAGAGCCUGUGCGCCGGCAAGUACUACUGGGAGGUGUGCGGGCAGGCAGGGCCGCGGGGCUUCGCCGCUAACCUGGGCAUCGCUUACGGGAGGAUCAACAGGAAGGGGGCCGACCUUUCCUGCUCCAUCGGCGGCAACGCUGUGUCCUGGUGCCUGAGCGUCUCCCCGGACGGGGGCCGCCGGCAACGCUUCUCCGCCCGGCACAGGAACAAGUCGUUCGACAUCCCGCGAGUGGCGUGCGAGCGGAUCGGACUCUACCUGGACUGGCCAGCCGGCACCUUGGCCAUUUACGAUGUGGUCGCGGGUGCCAUGACUUUGAUUCACCGGUUCCGCUCGGUGUUCACCGAGCCCCUGUUCCCCGCGUUCGGAGUUUACUCCAAGUCGUCGCUCACGAUCCAGCAGCUGCCAUAG